AAGAGAAGAUCCACCGACAUCACUCCACCGAUCCGCUGGGAUCCGGAGAUGUGCGCUACAGAAUGAGAACCCAUGUGGUGCCACCAUGUUCAUCGGACCGGCCGGAUUGAUUCCCACUACCUCUGUUCUCCUCGUCCUCGUCUUGUACCUCCAGGCUGGCUGUGGCCCCGUUGUCUCUGGCCGGCCCUUUGUCAUUCUGUGGAACGCUCCUACCCAUCCUUGCUUGGUCAACCACAAUGUAUCACUCGACCUGGAAGCUUUCGAUAUUACCGUCAACCAGAACCAUUCAUUUAUGGGCCCGGAAGUGGUGAUCUUCUACAGCAAGCAGUUGGGUCUCUAUCCGUACUACGACCAGGACAACAAGCCGGUUAAUGGUGGCCUUCCCCAAAACGCCAGCCUUUGGGACCAUUUGGUUAAAGCUCGGCAGGAUCUGGAAGCCGUUGCCAUGGAUCGGAACUUCAGAGGAGUGGCGGUGGUGGACUGGGAAGAUUGGAGGCCCCAAUGGGACCGUAACUGGAAAAAUAUGACCCUCUACCAAUUGUGGUCACUGGAGCUGGUCAAUCGGAGGCACCCCAACUGGUCUUAUGGGAGGCUGAGGAGGCAUGCAAAGAGGCAGUUUGAGGAAGCGGCCACGGCCUUCAUGUUGUCCACCCUGAAGUUGGCUCUCCAGCUGAGCCCCAAGGGCCUCUGGGGGUUUUAUGGCUUUCCAGAGUGCUACAAUUCCGUCGUCAUAAAUUCCAGCCAGAAAUACACUGGCCGGUGCUCAGGUGAGGAAAUGAGAAGGAACAACGCCUUGGACUGGUUGUGGCAGACCAGCCGGGCGCUAUAUCCUCAAAUCUACCUGGGCAAAGACCUGAGGAACUCUGAGCAUGUGGGGCCCUUUGUCAGGCACCGCGUGCAGGAAGGACUCAGAGUGUCAGCCGAUGUAGAGGUCCCGGUGCUGCCCUACGCCCGCAUCGUCUACACCUACAGCAUGGACUUUCUGACCCAGGAGGAUUUGAUCAAGACGAUCGGACAGAGCGCAGCACUGGGGGCCUCUGGGAUCGUCCUUUGGGGGAACAAUGACUACAGUCAAAGCAAGGAGUCGUGCCUGGCUGUGAAGGAGUACACAGAGGAGACCCUGGCCCCCUACUUGAAGAACGUCACUAUGGCGGCCAUACUCUGCAGCCAUGCCAUAUGCUCGGGCAAUGGACGCUGCGCCCGCAGAUUGGUGGAUUCUGAUGUCUACCUCCACCUGGACCCCCAACUAUUCACCAUCCAGAGGAAUCCCUUCACAAAAGGGUUUGUGGUGCACGAAAAAAAUCUCCCCAGGAAGAAACCGAAACGCUUGUGGCAGCAUUUCCAAUGUCGCUGCUAUUGGGGGUGGAAAGGAAGUGACUGUUCCCUGAAAAGGCGCCAACAAUGAAUGGAGAACGCAAACGGACUUUUGAGUCAAAAGGCCGCAUUUCAAUUC